AUGAGCCAUAGACCGGAUAGCCUCACUGGACCUGUCGCCGAGGGGAUUGGUAUACGAUUUCUGAAUGAAGAAUGGAACGACAGUAUAUCAAACGGCCAUUUGUUUACGAUUAAGUGGAACGAGUCGCUCGAUGAGGCUCGUUCACCAGAGCUUGGGCUAUUCAAGAUUACAUAUCCUAGAGACGGCGAUGUUGUAUAUGAGUUGGUGUCAAAUCUGACAGAUGGUAUAGACACCGCAAAUUCAACCUGUUCAUGGACACCGAACCACUUGAGUGAUGAGUUAUACACGCUAUGGCUCUCGUCUUCACAAGAUGCUCGCUCAAACUGGACGACGUCUCCGCCUUGGAGGCUAAAAGAACAUAACCAGUCACGACAUCCCUCCCGUCGCUGGGCAGCACCUGUUGUUAUCCCUAUCCUAGUCAUGCUGACAGUGUACACAUUGGGGCUCACCGUCUGCAUGGUAUAUCGACGCCACCGAAAUGCGAGGCGUGAGAGAGAGAGCAGCGAAGAGGGGGAAGCAGAGAAGGAGGAUGCAGAGCCACCUGGCCUCCUUGGGGACGCAGACAGGCAUCCAUCGGUCGACACCGCUAUUACACUGACUGAUCACGAUUCAGAGGAGGUCAAGAAGCCGCACAUUUGGCUCCUGACACAGUCCGCUUCUGGGUCUCUUCUGUUGGCGUCUCCGGGCAGGAAACAUGCCAAUUCGGAUGCCACGCUGGUGUCGCCCACGUUGGUCUCGCCCACGCUAGUCUCGCCCACGCUGGUAUCACCCACAUCGCUAUCCUCGGAGCCCCUCCUGGUGUCCCCCAUCAGCUUGGCAGAGCAGAGCCCUACGAACAUACGAUACGAGAGGACGUUUAUUGCCCUAGCAGAUCCGAGAGACCAUAGGGCUGUCGUUGCCAGUAGGCUGGGGCGUUCGCUAAGAGUGAUUAUCCCCUCUGACGAUGUACGAGAGUGA